AUGACCAUUUAUAUGUUUCCUAUGUCAGCCAUUUAUGAUGGUGAAGUGGUUGCAAUCAAAUUUUUCAUAGAUGAAAGUAUUAUGAGACGGGAGCAGUCAGUUUAUUUAGCCUUGAAUGCAACACGUAAUCCGAAAAUUGAAGAAAAAGGAAUCCCGAAUCUGUAUGCCAACGGAGAAAUGUUUCGAUGUGAUCCAUACAUUGCAAUGACACUUUUUGAAGAAAGUUUGCAUAGCCGUUGGGAGUUCCAAAAUAAGACUUUUGAGAUAUAUAGCACUUUAUACGUGUUUUUACAAUCAGUUCGAACACUGAGCUAUAUUCAUAACAAAGGAGUGGUGCAUAAUGACAUUAAACCACAAAAUAUCUUUCUUCGUAAAAAUGAGGUUUUUAUAGGCG